CCCGGGAGCCGGCUGGCGCCCGCGGAGCUGCGCGCGGCACGGUGCAGCCUCGGCUGCCGUAGCCUGACAGCCGAUCCGACACACUAUCGUAGAAACAUGGUGUGUUCGGUGGGAGAGGGGAGCGGUGCCAGUCCCGCGGGAGGACCUGACGAGGGCUCCGGAACCCCCAGCCCGCCGAGAAGAAGGCGGGCGCGGUCAGGCCGCGCUGUUUCUUUAAGACGGUGUUCCUGCUAACACCGACGGGCUGCUGGAGUGGUGAGACCAAGCAAGGUCAAGUUCCCAAGGGAGGAGAGGCCCCCUACCUGGCCUCUGCGUCUACCGCGGCAUAGUUCUGCUUGACUCUAGAUGCGGAGGUCUCCAUGGCUGUGAUAAGCCUUCUGUUCUUGGCAGUGAUGUAUGUUGUUCACCACCCCUUGAUGGUCAGUGACCGGAUGGACCUGGACACGCUUGCCAGAAGCCGGCAGCUGGAGAAGCGAAUGAGCGAGGAGAUGCGCCAGUUAGAGAUGGAGUUUGAAGAGAGGAGGCGGGACGCUGAGCAAAAGCAGAAGGCAGAGAAAUUCUGGAGAGGCGACCAUGACGAGGAGGAAUUAGUGCUGGGCAAGAAAGACAUGGGGUGGCUGUUCCAGGCCAACCGGCCGGGCCCCCUGGGCUGGAUGCUGGGGAACCUGUGGAACGCCGGCCUCUUUUGCCUCUUCCUCAUCUUUGAACUCGUGCGACAGAACAUGCAGCACGAGCCGGCCUAUGAUUCCAGCAGUGAUGAGGAGGAGGAGGAAGUGCGCCUGGUGCCUGUCACCUCCUCCAACUGGCUCGCUGGCUUCCCUUCCCGGGACACCCUGGAGUCCUUUUAUAAACACCGCGUCCAGAACGCCAUCCGGGACUUGCCCUGCACCUGUGAGUUCGUGGAGAGUUUCGUGGAUGACCUCAUUGAGGCCUGCCGGGUGGUGGGCCGCCGGGAGGCUCACCCACAGUUGGAAGACUGCCUGGGCAUUGGGGCUGCCUUUGAGAAAUGGGGAACCGUCCAUGAGACCCAGGCCUUUGACAUCCUGGUGCCCAUUGCUCCCCCGCAGGGCACGGUGUUUGUGUUGGAGAUGCGGGAUCCGGCCCUGGGCCACCGCUGUGGCUCUGUGCUGGUGGAGUCUGAGUGUGCGUGUAAGCACGAGAAGCUGCUGGGGGAUGUGCUGUGCCUGGUCCACCACCACCACCGGGAGCACCCUGCCCACUCUGGCAUGUGCAGCAGCGCCACCAAGGCAGCGCUGUGCACUGCCUCCUACUUGGACGUCUACAAGACCGUCCAGUGGUUCCAGAAACUGCUGAGCAAUGCCUGGGCCCUCGUGGCCCACAAGUAUGACUUCAAGCUCAGCCUCCCGCUGUCCACCACCGCCUGCAACCUCCGGCUGGACUACCGCUCAGGCCGCUCGCUCUCAAUCCGCUUGAUUUUGGGGGUGCAGCGGGAAGACACCUUGGUCUACCUGGUGAGUCAGGCUGCCGACCAGGAACAGCUCACCAGUGUGGACUGGCCCGAGUCCUUCGCGGCGUGUGAGCACUUGUUCCUGAAGCUGGUGGGGCGCUUCGCUCCCGAGAACACCUGUCACCUCAAGUGCCUCCAGAUCAUACUCAGUCUCCGGGACACAAAGGACUUGCCUCCCGGAUCGUCCCCUCCCAUCCUCACCUCUUACCACUUUAAAACGGCACUCAUGCAUCUGUUGCUACGACUGCCCCUGACAGACUGGCAGCCAGACAUGAUUUCCCAGCGGCUCCAGGACAUCCUUUGGUUUUUGGGCCGGGGCCUCCAGCAACGGUCACUCCAUCAUUUCCUCAUUGGGAACAACUUCUUGCCCCUCACCAUCCCUAUCCCUAAGACAUUUCGGAACGCGGAGCCAGUCAAUCUCUUCCAGCAUCUGGUGCUCAACCCCAUGGCACAUUCACAGGCAGUGGAAGAGUUCCACAGCCUUCUGACCCAGGUGAAAACUCUGCCUUGUGCCCACUUGGCUGAGGGAAUUUAAUGUAAAGACCAUUAAAGGGGGGAGAAAGUAUUUCUGACUUCUCAGACUGUAAGAGAUUUUUUCGGAUACAUCAGUGGUAUUUGGGAUCUUCCCUUUGCCAGUCAGGGCUUUGACAGCUUAAGAUACCCUAAGGAGUAGUUAGGAGGAGGGGGCCCACCCAGCAGGGCCUCGGCCAAGGUGGGUCCUCUGAGGUAUCUCCUGACUUCAGUCUAGGGAAACCUUUGUUCUGUGAGGAUCUUGUUUCUCAAGAGCUGUGAUUCAGAGGGAGCCUGUGAAGUUGUAUUUUGUUUCAACACUGGAAGUAAAAGACAAUGAGAGAAUACUUCCAUUCUAGUUUAUUUCUUCUUGUGAGUGAUUCCUAACACAUUCCUGUCAAUUGGUUUCCUUAUAAUUCCAUGUUCAUUAAUUUAGUUCACAUCCAAACUAAUGGCACUCCAUUUUAUCCCAAAUACUCUGAUGCCAACUUCUUAUAUUUUAGGAUGUAAUUUUUCAGACUACACAUCUGAAGAUUGAAAACCAAGAUGUUUAUUUUCCAUUUUCUUAAUUUAGUUUAUUUUCAUAAAAACAGCGCUUAAAAUUGCAGUUAAUAGAACUUCUUAGCAUUGCACAAAUACUAAGUGGACCGGCUCCAAGUGAAAAAGGAAUCAAGAUAAGAUAACCAGUUUACUGUAAUUAACAAAUGAGCUAAUAUCUGUGUUGACUUUAUCAGAACCCAGAAGAAAGAUUAUACGAUCCUUAGUCAAGGACAGUACUUCUGGGGUCUCUGAAUAGUCACUGUUUCUGGGGGUUAGGGGGGAGGGUCCUUUUGUUUGUUACAGCUGUGCUUUGUCAAUCGGAUAAUGUCUUUGAUUCUCUUCAAAGAUGACAAAGAGGUUCUUUGAACUAUGAUCGAGGUUCUGCAAAGCAGGUUCAUCACAAUCCAGGCUCAGUGCCAGGGUAGGGCAGGAAGGGCUGUAAAACAGUCCAGCUCUAACAAAGUCACAAUUCUGGAGACAGUCGUGGUGUGUUGUCUUCUCCUUUCAAAACUCUGGGUUUCUUUCGUAGUGUUAAUUACGUGACUAUCAUGGUGGGUGUGGUUGUUUCGGACAUCCCAGUGCUGUUCCUGACCAGCACCGGCACCGCUUGGGAGGAGAACGUGGCCUCACAAUGAACUUGACCGAAGCAGGAAUCAGAUGCUGGUCUUUAUGGGUUUUGCUGUAGAAGUUUUGCACCGUACCUUGGCAGAAACUGAUUACUGGUGUUCCAGAACCUGACGCCAAUCAAUAGUUGCGGCUCCUACUGCACAAUAGCUCCUGGGCUCCUGUGCUGUCAAGUUAAGAUCAGUGAGGGUGACUUAAUUGCUGGUGGGGCUUGGGGGUAGUGAAGACAUUUUUUUUUGUUGUUUGUUUUAGAUGUCUUCUGGUGUUUCAGUUCCCUGUCAAUAAAGGAGGCUAUUUUCUGUAAAGCUGGAAUCUGUUCAAUGACACAUACAG